UUCACGGCUGCACAAAACUGUUACGCUUAUGGUUACUCCAGUUUUUUUGUUUUUUUUUGAUUGACGUUUACAUUAGUUACAGUCACUCUGGAACCUUGCAUUCGCACUUAAAAACCAAGCUAAUAUCGGCUACACGUAAAUAAAACAAAGUGGAUUUUUUAAAUUUAUUUCAACAGACGAAGAUUAGCCAGCACUUUUCAAUUCUAUAGCCAGCACAACUAUUCAGUUGUUGAGAGCCCAGCUGACUCGUGACACCCUCAGUGGCUUUAUAUUCUACUACAGACUAGCAACAUUAAAGUAAAAACUGUACUUUUAAAACGAAGACAUCUUUAUUUGGUUCAACCAAAUGAUUACACAAGAUUUAAGGAAUAUUUGGCGGCAUCUUCAAUCGAAUCAAAACAUCCACCAACUUGAAGUCUUCCGGGUUUGCUGUUUAAACGUCAUGGCGCCAAACAGUGUGAUGAUUACUUGUUGAAGAAGAGCAGAACCUGUGGUGUCGCCCAAGGUUAGAGUGUCCGCCCUGAGAUCGGUUUUCAUUCAGCUGCACCCGGAGGCUCUGCCUGGAGCACUGCCAGCCCCACCAGAACUCUGCUCUUCCCACAUGAUGAGACCACCUCACACUGGACCUGAAGGCAGGCUCUAGGUGUGUGAGACGGACCUGCUGAGUGCAGGAGGUCUGGGACCCCUUCGCCACUUCCUCCAGACGGAGAACAGAGGAUCCAGUCAGCUGAAGCCCGGAUGGGACAAUAAUAAUGAGCUGUCCAGCCGCCAGCGCCACCUCAUUUCAGGGGGACAUGGCAAACGGAGGCGACCAGUUUGGCCUCGCUGAGCGUCCAGACUCAAACUGCAUGGAUUCUCCCAAGGAGAGCAAACAAGAAAGUCCCAGCACUUACCAUUUUAAAUCUUCUGCUUCACCACUGACACCCUCCAGUCAGCAGGGGAUGGAAGGAAUCAAAGUGUACCUUCAUGACAGGGAGCUUUGGACAAGGUUUGAUGAAGUGGGAACUGAAAUGAUUAUCACCAAGGCUGGACGGAGAAUGUUUCCCAGUUACAAGGUGAAGGUUACAGGACUCAACCCCAAAACCAAAUACAUCCUAUUAAUGGACAUUGUGCCCAGCGACGACCACCGCUACAAGUUUGCAGACAACAAAUGGUCUGUAACGGGUAAGGCCGAACCAGCGAUGCCGGGCAGGCUUUACGUCCAUCCGGACUCUCCUGCGACGGGGGCCCACUGGAGCCGCCAGCUGGUGUCCUUCCAGAAACUCAAACUCACCAACAACCACCUGGACCCAUUUGGACAUAUAAUACUCAACUCCAUGCACAAAUACCAGCCUCGCCUCCAUAUUGUCAAGGCGGACGAGAACAAUGGCUUCGGCUCCAAAAAUACAGCCUUCUGCACCCAUGUCUUCUCUGAGACCGCCUUCAUCGCUGUCACCUCCUACCAGAACCAUAAGAUUACCCAGUUAAAGAUAGAGAACAAUCCCUUUGCAAAGGGCUUCAGAGGCAGUGACGACAACGAGCUGCACCGCAUGGCCAAACUGCAAGGUAAGGACUACCCCGUGGUCCCUCGCAGCACUGGCCGCCAGAGAUCAUGCCCCACUGGGAGUCCCUUCAGUGGGGAGAUCCAGCGUCUGAGGGGCUCACCCGACACAUCCGGAUCGCCCUACAACUGUGAGAACGGCCUUAGUAGCAGCAGCAGCCCUCAGACCCUGCUUGGUGCUCCGCCCACUCAAUACGCCUUGUCUCAUCCUCAGCAUGUCCAGCAGCCUCAGCUUUACCACUGCACCAAGAGGAAAGCGGAGGACAACUGCUCUUCGGGAACCCGCCAGUUCAAGAGAGGGUUCCCUGGUAGCUCACCGGGCCCUGGCGAGUCCUACUAUCACGCCUCCUCGUUCACCCCCUCGCCCCUGCUGCUCACUGACGCCCCCUACAGCUCGGACAUGAGCCAGCGCCAGGCGUGCAUGUUUGCGGGCUCCGAGGGCCGAGUCGACGAGCGCGGCUGUGCGUCCUGGUCGUACGGCGCCAUGACUCCUGUGGAGCCCUACCCGCCGUACGCCCCCUACAGCUCCAGUCCGCAGGGCUCUCGACUCAGCGCCGUAGCCCACCACGGCUCUCCGCCGCUGGGGGAGCCUGUUUCUCACGACCUCUACCAGAGCCAGAGUGCCGGGAACGCUCACAGCAGGCAGCUCAGCCCGCCUCUCCACAGAGAGUAUCCUCGUUUCGCCCCCAACCUGUCCCCCCCGCGCUAUCACUCAUUAGAGACGCACAUCCGGUGCGGCGUUCCCGAAUGGAGCGCCGCCUCCUAAAAGACGCUGCACUCCGCAGGGACUAACUCCACCACCUUUGUGUCAUCCUGUGCCGUGCCAAUUGGUCCAAAGUGUCCCUCCCGUGUGCCGCAUGGAGCGGCACUUCAUUAAAAACUUGGACUUCCAAAUUUGAGCAGCACAAGGAACAUCAAAGUCGUGUUUUAUUGUCUUUCUGUAACCCAAAGACUGAUGUCAACCAAAUGUUUUGCACUGUGAGACCCGUUUCAGACCAAACCCUGAACAGAACCAGGCUGGUUUUUUCCCCCUCUACUUUGCGUCAUUGUCAAAGAUGUAAAUUGUGACCCACCGUCAGACUUUUAUGGACCACAAUAAUCUCACAGCAAAAGCCCCUACGGGGAGUUUUUUUUUGUUAAUCUUUAGUGGAGCAAAGCACAUCCAGGACGCAGAAAAGGCAUAAGUUGUGUGUGCGUGUGUGCGUGUGUGUGUGUUCUUGUAUUUUUACCCUUCUUGAGACAUCAACAACGAAAAGAGAAUUUAGAGAAUAUCUCAUUUGUACCCCUGGUGGUGAAAUCUAUCAACAUUAAGGAUUUUUCAAAUUGACUGUGUGUUGGUAUUAAAAGUGCUCCCCCUCUGGUCAACAUAUGUAAUAACAAGUGUGUCUAAGAAAUUGAAAUGCGCCCCCUUUGGCCAAAAUUAAUUAAAAAAAUAAAAAUAAAAAUCUAUAUAAAGACAUACUGUAAUAACUUCAAAUAAAUAAUGAAGAUUAAAAAACAAUUACAAACCAAAAAUGUUUUUAAAAAAUAACUAAAAGCUUACCUUUUUUUUAUAUGUGCAUAGUAUGUAUAUAUUAUUAAUGUUGUAAAUACAAAUCUCUAUAUAUCUAGAAAGGGUGGUCCUUAAGAGGUAGGCAUUUUUUGGAGGUCUCAAGAAGGUAACAAAUACAAGAAUCUCUCUGUGUGUGUGUGUGUGUGUGUGUGUGUGUGUGUGUGUGUGUGUGUGUGUGUGUGUGUGUGUGUGUGUGUGUGUGUUCUCGUAUCCCAAUCCUUCUUGAGACAUUAACAUAGAAAAGUACCUUCCAUAUGAGGACCGGUAAACAAGUUAGAACCGAAAUCAUGGUCCCAAUACGGAAAACCAUUGCAUCUAAUAGAGAAUGUCUCAUUUGCACCCCUGGUGGUGGUCUAUCAAAAUUAAGGUGGUCCCAAAAAAGGAGGGAUUUUUCAAAUUGACUGUGUGUUAAUAUUAAAAGUGCUCCCCCCUCUGGUCAACAUAUGAAAUAACAAGCGUGUGUAAGAAAUUGAAAUGCGCCCCCUUUGGCCAAAAUUAAUUUAGAAAAAUAAAUAAAUAUGUAUAUAUAGACAUACUGUAAUAACUUGAAGUAAAUAAUGAAGAUUAAAAACCAAUUACAAACAAAAUAUUCAGAAAAAAAAUUAACUAAAAGCUUACCUUUUUUUAUAUUUUCAUAGUAUGUAUAUAUCAUUAAUGUUGUAUAUAAAAAUCUUUAUAUAUCUAGAAAGGGUGGUCCUAAAGAGGUAGGCAUUUUUCGGAGGUCUCAAGAAGGUAAGAAAUACAAAGAUGUGUGUGUGUGUGUGUGUGUGUGUGUGUGUGUGUGUGUGUGUGUGUGUGUGUGUGUGUGUGUGUGUGUGUGUGUGUGUGUGUGGCCCUGUAAAGGCUGUGUCAGCUCGACUCAAGACCGCUCUGAGCUCAUUUGCAAUGAGACAAGCAGAAGUAGCUGCAGGCACCAGCGAGAUAAACACUUUGUUUAGAUCGUGCUACAGGCGGAGGGACCUGUAAAUACACUUCCCACUGCAUUCUGGGUAAAUGCACAUCUCAACAUCACGCAUCUGUCACCGGUGUCCUCUCCGUCACCCCCCACUAGCCAACCAAUCAUCUUGAGGGCCAACUCCGCCCUCGUCCAACAAAGCUGACCAGUCCGAGAGCUAAAGCGCGGUGAGUUUUCAUGACAUGUUUUUUGUUUUUGAUGUUCUGUGUUGACCUUUGACCUGUGAGAGUUGCAACACAGUGCUGUAAAUGAGAUAUUUGAUCCACUCAGGUAAAUAUAAGUUUAUUAUUAUUAGUCUGUUAUUAGGCACCCUAAUUGGCCCCUGUUAUUUGCACAUAAUAGUUCAUAGAGGAAAGUCAUUUCCUGUCACAUCUGGAUAGUAUUACUUCCUGCCGCCCGUUAAAAGGACAAAAGGACAAACCGUGGCUCUGUGGAAUAUUGAAGCAAGUUGAGAUUUUUAUUUUUUUGUAGCCAUUUUCUAACAUUUCCACCCUGGUUUUAUAUGCAGUAACAUGAGAAGGUGCUCAGUUUGCAGAGAGCAAACCCUCAUCAUUCCUUAGUGUGUGUGUGUGUGUGUGUGUGUGUGUGUGUGUGUGUGUGUGUGUGUGUGUGUGUGUGUGUGUGUGUGUGUGUGUGUGUGUGUGUGUGUGUGUGUGUGUGUGUGUGUGUGUGUGAGAUGGUGCGAAAGUUUUUGUGUGUGUGUGUGUUUUAUAGUAUUUAUUACUCUUGAUUUGUUGUCACUCUUGUGAAACAAGAUGCUGUUGUGUUGCGAUAUGUCUUCAAAAUUGGGUCCACCCUCUAUUUCCACAUGGUGUUAAAUAGCUGUGGUAAAAUUGUAUGUUGAAUUGGAUUUAU